GGGAAGGAAUGUAGAGAGCUCAGGGGGAGAUCCGCCAAGAUCGAACAGAUCUUCCUCAGGAUCUGGGGACUGGAUGACUCCCAUCUGGAGGACCGGGUCCCCAAAACUAGGAUGGGUAAUACGCCUAACGCUCAGAGCACUCCGACGGCACACUGCGAUGAUCUCGCAGUAGAGGAGGAGGAGAGACUUGAGAUGGAAUGCGUGAUCGCUGCCAUAAGCGCCACUGCCCUGGAUUCCCUGCUCGCAUCGAACAAAACGGGCGGUGAUGCGCGCGACCAAUACACUGCAUUCGCACCCAUCGCAUCUGCAUACUGGUUUGAACAUACGUCCAUCGGCUCCAAACACGCUAUCUGGAAGAUGGAUACCUUCAACCAUCUUGCACACAUCUCCGUUCGGGCCCUCCAAUUCCUUGGGAACGUCACGGAUGAGCAGGUUAAGCACUGCAGAGCGCAGAUCGUGAAGGGGAAGCUAAAGUUUUGUGGCAGAGUCAGCCCACUAGAUCCCCAGGACCUCAAGUUUCCCUCCAUGCACGAGCUGGAUCCUGACAAAUGCGGAGAAACGAACUCAGGUAUGUGGCAGAAAGGCAUCAGACAGGACGGAAAACCGGAACUCAGGAUUCUGAGAAAGGUAUGGAGUGUCAGCAGACCAUACCUCAAGUGCAAAUGCAAGAAGGAGAAAAGCAAGGACUGCGGAGAUACCCCUCUAUGGUUCGAUCACGCGAUAUGGUACCUAUUGGCGCACCCCGACAUUCUGUUUCCUGGCAUGUCCUCGAUCAAAAUUCGAACUUCAAUGCUCAUCCACUAUCUCAGGACCACAUGGAGCGAGGGAGUACUCGCGGCCAUCAGCUUCCACUUCCUCAGGGACCUAGUGAUGGGCUACACGAAGGCACUCGAGGAAGAUGCAACCCUGAAUGUGGAAACCGUGUUGAAAGAGGACCACCUCUGGAACUACCUGAUUCCCGCGGCGCUCGCGCGCAUCAUGCUCCGCACCCGAAUUCCAGAGAAACCCACGAGGGAGAAGAGCAUGGAGGUGCAGGAGCCGUACGAGGUCAGACCCAACCUUUGGUGGGUCAUAGCCUCGGUGGGUGAGUUCCAUGCGAAUCUACCCGAGAAGGUCUACUCCGUCUUCACCGCCGACAUUACGAGAUGCUUUGAGGCCAUCCCGACGGACAACUCGGAAGAUAGCCUCCCUACGGCAAUCAGAUUCUACGUACAGUGCGCAAUGCAAGUGAGGAGGGAGAGGAGCUCUUGCCAUACCAUCCGGAUCAGAUUUGGCGAGAACGGCAGUCUGUGGCCAUCAUGGGUGGACAAUGAGCAACGCGAGGAGAUAGGGUCGCUCUUGUUCAAGGAAGGGGAUAUCUGCUGGAUCACCGAAUGGUGCAUUGCAAACAGCGUGUUGCGAAUGGGCGAUUAUGUUUGGCGGCAGGUGAGGGGCAUUCCGAUGGGGCUCGCAUGCUCCCCAAUCUGGUGUGACAUAUAUUUUUUUAAGUAUGAGUUUCACGCCAUGAUGAGAUUGAAGGACACAGGGAACGCCCACCUGGUCCCAUGCUUCGAGAGCACCUUCAGGUACAUCGACGACCUGAGUGCCAUCAAUAACGCGGUCAUCAAGGACUUUCUGCGCGCAUCCGGAGAGAGGGACGCGAAUGACCCCUACUGGAUUUAUCCCGAUCAGUUCAUCGAGAUCAAGGAGAACACUGAAGUGUGCGAGGACGGAAUUGGCCCCGUCGCGAACUUCCCGAGCAUGACCAUUACGGUCACGUCACCGGUCACGGGCACGUACAUCACAUCCAAGCACGAUAAGCGUGCUGGUAUCAGCUUCUCACCCUGCCGAUUUAUGAAAUACAGGUCCAACCGGAGUACCAAGCAGUCAUUGCAGAUCAUUAUGGCGCAGGUAGCUCAGAUACUUCUGAUCUGCUCGGAAUCGGAGGAUGCAACGAAUGAGAUCGCGAAGGUGGUGGAGGUGAUGGUGGGGAAUGGCUUCGCUGCUAGCGCCUGCUGGAAAGUGGUCAAGAAAACUCUUCGCAACGCUUACCUUUACCAACCGGGCAGGCUGUCCGUGCAUAUGAUUAGAGAAGCUCUAGCUAAUUUGCAUGGGGUUGUUGACUAACUGCUGUGAUGAUAUCUGUGUAGGUGUGUUUGUCUGUGGAUGGUAUCCGGGGGGCAACUGGGCCGAGAGGGCCGGUUGUUCUCUGGACAGCCGUCCCCCUCGGCCCUAGCUGUUCCACGGAGGGAACGGGGUGGGACACACACACACACACACACACACACACACACACACAAACACACACACACACACAUGCAUACAGGGUAUCAGCGAUGGCUGGUUGGGAGAGCUUGCGGAUAGGAGACAGCUGCCCCCCGCGA